AUGCCUGAAAGUCAUGCAUCUCCUGAGGAGAGAUCAGGCAUAUCGACGCUAGAGUCUGACCACUUCAUGCUUCGGCCUCUCUCAUCUUCGGCCAGAAAUGGCACUCGCGAAAGCAGAUCUUCAGUAUCCUCUUGGAAUCCACCACAAGGGCACGACUCAACUCAACACCUUUUGCGGAGGACUGUGCCAGAAACCUCAAGUCAUGAUUCAGAUCAAAUUUCCAAUGCUCAGGCAGAGGAAUCUGCAUCAAUGGCAACAACAGAUAAGGAAGACCGCCCAGGGCCUGCCUUUCCUCAGAAAACCUGCUCCCGGAAUGACCGUUCGAAAUCAUGGAUUAGCACAAUUCGAAACGACUGGCUUUGGGAACUCGGCAGCAUCGUUGUCAGCAUCCUCUGUACAGUUGCCAUCGCUGCCGUACUCCUAACCGUUAGUGACAAACCGCUAUCCAACUUUCAUUUGCCUAUACAACCAAGCACACUCAUUUCGAUAUUCAUUACUACCAUGAAAGCUACAAUGAUCUUUGUCGUAUCCGAGAUUAUCAGCCAACUAAAAUGGUCAUAUUUUGAAACAAAAAGCCGCCAGAUAUACGAGCUCCAGUACUUCGAUGGAGCUAGUCGAGGCCCGUGGGGCUCGGUCUUGUUUAUAUGCUUUAUGAGAGACCGGGAGCUACUUACCACGGUAGGUGUAAUCAUCACAGUUGUGGCAAUUGCACUUGAACCAUUCGGACAACAAGUUGUUUCUUUGCAAGAACGCUACGUGCCUCGACAAGGCCAUAUUGCUACGAUACCUGUUACCCAUUCUUACAAUACUGAAAAGAGUGGCAAGUACAAUACACCGGGAUUCAAUCGAGAAGAAAUAGAAUCUUCUCUCAUUAGUGGCCUUCUUGGCUCAACGUCGCUUUUACCAUUCUCGUGUCCCAGUGGCAAUUGCACGUGGCCAUCCUUCACGUCCUUAGGGCUUUGCAACUCGUGCAAAAAUGUCACAAAACAGACCACCCUCUCAUGCUCGAUGGAAUUCAGUCUAAAUCAAUCCUCUAGAGACUCUGCGAGAAUUUGCACCUCAAGUAUAGACACAGACGGGAUGAUUAAUAACGAUUGUUCAUCUUGGCCACCAUUGCCGCUGAGUCCUAGAGGAAUGAUUAAUAUCAACAAUACGUAUAAAACACCAAAGAACGUCUCAAUCACUAUUAGGGUUGAGAGCUAUACGCCGGAUCCAGGCGAGCCCCUUACUUUCUCCGUCUACAAUUUGGCAAACACCAACUCGACCGUUCCUGAAUCACUACUCUCAGGGUCAGUAAAUAUCUCCGAAUCAGCGUUUGCUCAAGUAAGCGUUAGUGAAGACGACAUUUUCGACGACGGGGAGCUCCUACUAGACAGCUGCCCACAACUUAAUACAACCGUAACUGAAUGUCAGUUUUUCUGGUGUUUAAAAACUUACGAAAAGGUCCAUGUUGUCAAUGGCUCUAUAUAUACACCGGUUGUACAUGAUGUAGCUUUGAACUAUGAAUCGGGCGGAAUUGUUUAUGAGUAUCCCCAGUAUAUUUCUGACUUCUUUUUCUUACCAGAAAACGGAACAUCAGAUACUACAACAAACUACAACAAAACUAUCGAUAUUGGAUGGUGGGAUAUGGCGCUCUUAAGAAAUAAACUACAGGGUAUAUUCGAGUCUUAUCCAGAGUCUGCGGUGUACCGAAUCAGCCAAGCCAUUAUUUUCAACGAUAACGUACCGCAGACCAUCACCGAUAUGACAGAAAAUGUGUCGCACCGGAUGGGAUUAGCCUCUGCUAAUUCGACUUUAGUCAACGGCACAGCAUUUUAUCCCGAGACAUAUAUCGUCAUCCGUUGGUGUUGGCUCAUCUUACCCGGCUCACUCGUCUUCCUCACAAUUGUCCUGUUCGUUCUCGCAACGCUCCAAGGCACAAAACGCAACACACCUCUUUGGAAGUCGUGCCUGGUCCCGUUCUUGUUCCAUGGAUUACAAGGAUGGGAUGAAUCGGAGAUAAGCGCAGAGAGCCAGAAAGACAUGAUCCAACAAGCGAAAAGUAUGGAAGUUCGUCUCUCAGAGAACGAAAAUGGGAGCAGGAUGUUUGUCAGGGUGGAGAAAGCAUGA